CCCGGAAGGACCUGGAAGUGCCCGAAGGGCCGGAAGUGAUGGCAGCCGCGAUCUCUGCUUUCCUAGCAACCGUGCUGGCUUCUUAGCGACGCGGGGUGGCUCCCGCGUCCCUGGUCCAGCCAUGCCGGUGCGGGUGAGCGAGUUCAGCUGGCAGCAGACCCCGGCCGCGGUUUUCCUGUCGCUGCCUCUGCGCGGCGUGUGCGUGCGCGACGCCGACGUGUUCUGCGGGGAAAGUUACCUGAAGGUCAACUUUUCUCCAUUUUUAUUUGAGGUGUUUCUCUAUGCUCCCAUAGAUGAUGGGAAUAGCAAAGCCAAGAUUGGGAAUGACAUGAUUCUCUUUACAUUGUAUAAAAAGGAACCAGUUAUGUGGGAGACCCUCUCUAUGCCAGGUGUCAACAAAGAGAUGAUGCAGAGAAUAAGAGAAAAAUCUAUUCAGCAAGCCCAGGAGAAAGCAAAAGAGGCCACAGAAGCAAAAAGUGCUGCCAAGCGGGAAGAUCAGAGAUACACACUAGGUGUGAUGAUGAAGAUUGAAGAAGAAGAGAGGAAAAAAAUAGAAGAUAUGAAAGAAAAUGAACGGAAACAAGCAACUAGAGAAUUGGAAGCCUGGAAAGAAAGUCAAAGACAAGCUGAAGAGCGAAAAAGAAUCCCAAGGAAAGAGAAAUGCCAACGGGGAAAGCAGGCUGAAGAGAAGGGAGCACUAAAGCCCCCGAGUCUGCCCAGGAAGGUCCCGCCCGCUAGACUCCCUGAAAGAGGGAGAAAUUGGGAAAACAUAUUUUCUGAGAAGCUAAAGGAAGACAGCAUUCCUGCACCUCGAUCGGCUGGCAGUAUUCAAAUCAGCUUUACGCCUCGAGUGUUCCCAACUGCUCUUCGGGAAUCCCAAGUGGCAGAAGAGGAAGAGUGGCUGCAUAAACAAGCCGAGGCCCGGAGAGCCAUGAGCACUGAUCUUCCUGAGUUCUGCGACUUGAAGGAAGAAGAGAAGAAUCCAGACUGGUUGAAAGAAAAGGGGAACAAAUUGUUUGCAACAGAAAACUAUUUGGCAGCGGUUGAUGCAUAUAAUCUAGCCAUACGAUUGAACAGUAAGAUUCCAUUAUUGUAUCUGAAUCGGGCUGCUUGCCACCUCAAACUAAAAAACUUACACAAGGCCAUCGAAGACUCUUCAAAGGCACUAGAAUUAUUGACACCACCUGUUUCUGACAAUGCCAACGCAAGAAUGAAGGCACAUGUCCGACGAGGUACAGCAUUCUGUCAACUAGAAUUGUAUGUUGAAGGCUUGCAAGAUUAUGAAGCUGCACUUAAGAUCGACCCAGCCAACACAGUUGUACAGAAUGAUGCGGAGAAGAUUCGGAAUAUAAUUCAAGGGACAGGACUGAAGUCUCAAGACUAGAGACAGCUAGAGAAAAUAACUUUGAAGGGACUGGAGAGAUGGCUCAGCGGUUAAGCACUGGCUGUUCCUCCAGACACCCUGAGUUUAAUUCCCAGCACCCACAUGGUAGCUCACCAUCAUCUGUCAUGAGAUCUGGGCCUCUUCUGGCUUGCAGGCAUACAUGCAGGCAGAAUACUAUGUAUAUAAUAAAUAAAUCUUAAAGAA